CCAGUUUUCUUGAUUAAAUAAAACAUUUUGCUACGAUGAUCACCUCUCACAACAUUUUUGCCAUUCAGAUAUUCUGUUCCUCUUGGAUCGUAGGUCGACUAGGUUCUUUAGAAUGCGCACCUUACUGCUGUAUCUGGUUUGCACUUACCUAUGGAGCAUUGGUUCAGCUGACUUAGAAAGUAGUCAAUUUUUCGAAUGCCCCAAAAUCAGCGACGGUUCUUAUCCAUUUUGCGUUUGCAAGCACGGAUCAGCCUACGACAACGAUACUAACACCUGUCCAGAUCCUGAAUGUCCAGUCAGUGAGAGCAUUGGUACCUAUCCGAACUGUACGUGUCAGCACAAAAACUUCGAUUUCAGCAUCACUUUCAACGAGUGUUUUCGAGUUUGUCCCGACAAUAGCACCGGUUACUGGCCUAAUUGCAAGUGCGAUUCAAAUGGCUAUGGCUUCAACAAAGAAUUAUUCGAAUGUAUCGCUUGUCCCAAAGCGAGUACUGGUCAAUAUCCCGAUUGUAGUUGUGACGAUGAUAGUGCCGCCUAUCAAAUUAUCAACAAUUAUUGUGAAAGAUGUGAAGACGGAAGCUAUGGAAAUUUCCCAAAUUGCACUUGUUCCAAUGAAGGUGCUGCAUACAACAUAAAGUUCCGACGUUGUGUGCUUGAAUCCAAAAAUGGAUCUUUAGAGUGUCCGUUUGGAAGCGAGGGCACAUAUCCGAAUUGCACUUGCCAAGGUGACGGAAUCUACAACGGAUUAGCCAACAUUUGCAAUGAAUGUCCUUAUCACAGUACCGGUGUCUAUCCGAACUGUAUCUGCACAUUUGAUGGAAGUUACAACCGAACAACAAACGUUUGCAUUUCCUGUCCAUUUGAAAGUGAUGGAGUGUAUCCGAACUGUGUUUGCCAAGGUAGCGGGAGUACAUACGAGGUAGAUUCGAAUGAGUGUUACAUUUGUCCAGCUUUCAGCACUGGAACAUAUCCGAAUUGUGAUUGUGAACAGUCGUUUGAGUAUUUUCGGGAAACGAACAGUUGUGAGCGUUGCCCGGAAAAUAGUGCGGGCGUUUAUCCGCAUUGUAAAUGUGACAACGGAUACUACAGCAAAGUUCACAGCAGUUGCAUUGAGUGUCCAACAGACGCUACCGGUUUAUAUCCCGCUUGUAAAUGCAAUGACGAAACUUCAAUAUUCAGUGCGUUCAUCAACCAAUGCUAUCGUGAGUGUCCAGCAAAUAGUUCAGGAAUUCAGCCGGAUUGCGAAUGUGACCGAAAAUACGAAUAUUACUACGAUGCCGUCGAUGUGGAAUGUAAAAGCAACAUUGGGAGGAUGUGUCCAUCCGACAGUAUUGGAACUGGUCCAGACUGCUUAUGUAUGAGAAAAAAUCGGAAUUUCAAUUCAUAUUACUGGGAAUGUGUUGAAGAGGGAAUAAGUUUCGGUGUUGGUUCUACCACUUAUUGUCCAGGUAAUGACAAAUGGCCACAAUGUGAAGCAUCAAUCGAUCACAUAGUAUUACUUAGCUCACUUGGUUAAACAUUUGUGUAAUCGAAUGACGAUAGAUCAAUACAAUAAAGUUUUGCUUCGUUGAA